AUGGUAAAAGAUGUGAGUUGUGUCAAGAUUGAGCAGGACUUCAUCAUGCUCUUUGGAGAAGACCUCUCGGGGAAGUUCAUUGCAAGAUGGCCAACGUUCUACAAACCAAAGGUCAUCACUGUCAGCAAAAGCCUUCGACAGAGCGUUCACCUGGAUGACCUUCUGUCUGCUCAGGAGGAAUCAAGUGAUUAUGAAUGGGAUAGCGACUUGGCAGCCAUUCUCCUGCUGGUUCAUCUCUUGCCUCUAACCGCCAAAGGGAAGAAACAUGUAAAAAUUAGUGCAACUGAGGCAGCUGAUCGUCUUGUGAAGUUCAUGAAGGUGGGGACAAGCAUGGCGACAUUCCUUGGAAAAGUUGAAUCUGCACAGCCCUUCCUCCUCAGCGUUGGAGAGAAGAAGAGCCGUAUUCAGAAGUUCUACAUCAUCCUGGAUCAGAAGCCCAAUCCUUGUGUGGCACAGACUGCAGUGGCUGCCUUCGAUGAACUUUUUAAGGCGCACUUUGUGUUUGCUGUGUCCUACGAUGCAACCCUCUUCAACUUCUACACAUUCAUCCAAACAACAGUUUAUGGGAUUGAUGCGGCAACAACAAAGGAGAGCCCCAGAGUCAAGGAAAUCAGAUCCUGA